AUGCGCCCAUUAACGGAGGAAGAGAGCAAGACCGUGUUUGAGAAGCUGGCAAACUAUAUAGGCAAAAACUUGGUGCACCUCAUUGACCGACCCGACGAGCCAUACUGCUUCCGACUACACAAAGACAGGGUGUACUACAUCUCAGAGUCUUCCAUGCGCCUCGCAAUCUCUGUCGCAAGACCAAACUUGAUAUCUGUCGGGACAUGUUUCGGCAAAUUCAGCAAAAGCGGAAAAUUCAAGCUGCACGUUACUGCGCUUGAUUACCUCGCACAGUACGCAAAAUACAAGGUUUGGAUAAAACCGAACGGCGAGAUGUCGUUCCUGUACGGGAACCAUGUUCUCAAGAAUCACUUGGGGAGGAUAACGGAGGAUACGCCUGAGCACCAGGGUGUGGUAGUGUACAGUAUGAAUGAUGUGCCAUUAGGGUUUGGUGUAACUUCUCGCUCAACAGUGGACACACGAAAAUUGGAUCCGGCAGCCAUCAUCGUAUUUCACCAGGCUGAUGUGGGAGAGUAUCUCCGUGACGAGGACACGCUCUUCUAG